CCAAGGUCGAAGCAGCUGCAGGCUUCGUGGCGCAGACCGCAGAAGCUCCGUAGCAGCGAGACCGCGAAUACCGCUAUUAGUUCGAAGGUUCUUCUGGCAUGUCACCCCCAGAGACGGAACAGAGGGGGGCAACUGUGUACCUGGGCGCCCUGCUGGACGCAGACCAGGGCAUGGUGGAGCUGGUGUCUGGUAACACGCGGCUGGUGGCACACAAGGCUGUCGUGGCGGCCAGGAGCCCCGUCUUAGCCUCAAUGCUGGACAACGACAGUGACCAGCUCACCAUCCCGGAUGUGGAGGGCCCCGUGCUGGCAAUGCUGGUGUCCUACAUGUACGCCUUCAGGCUCUCUGGACUGGGCGGAAUGGGUCCCCAGUUACUGGCCGCCGCUGACCAGUACAAAGUGGUUGGCCUGAGGGCUGCAUGUGAACAGCUCAUGGCCGCAGAGAACACAGCUAACUGAUGUAGUACCAUGUGUGAAAUAAAUCUAACAACUUGGCUUCAAA